AUGAGUGACGCUCUCGAGUGCGACGGGGAAAACGGCACAUGCAGCUUCCACUCCGCCGAGAAUCUCCGCCACGGCGCGACGGUCACGGCGAUCAUUUGCGUGUCUUUCGCCGCGAUCUUCCUCGUCGGCCUCGUCGGGAAUUUGCUCGUCCUUGCCGCGAUCGUCCGCGACCCCCGACUCCAAACGGUGACGAAUCUCUUCAUCGCCAACGUCGCUCUCGCCGACUUCGUCUUCGCUGUCCUCUGCGUUCCCAGUAGCCUCGCUGGCCAUAUUUUCUACGGUACAUCCAAUUAA